AUGGCAGACUCUAAGAGCAAGGCCCCGGUCACAACACAAACCAACUCGCGGGGAAUCCCCGUCGCACCCUUCAUCGACAAUGUCAGCGACUACGUCUCAUCUCGCGCAGAGGUCGAGCCGACCCUUCGCUCCUUCCAGGAGAUGAUUUCCAAGUACCAGUUCAUGGAGGUGAACACGCAGCGUCGCGGCCAGGGCCUGCGCGAGAAGAUCCCGGAUAUCAAGAAAACGUUGGAGAUGGUGCGGUUCUUGAAGCUGCGCAAGGAGUCGAACCCGGACUCUGAUCUCGAGACGAACUUUGAACUCAAUGAUACCCUCUACGCUCGUGCUUCUAUCUCCCCCGCUGAUGCCGAGGAGGUCUAUCUCUGGCUCGGUGCUAAUGUCAUGCUGGCGUAUCCGCUGGCUGAGGCUGAGAGUAUGCUGGCGGAAAAGUUGUCGGCGGCGGAGAUCAGUCUGGGUCAUUGUGAGGAGGAUCUGGAAUUUUUGCGUGAACAGAUUACGACACUCGAGGUUGCCACGGCACGCGUUUAUAACUGGGACGUUGUGCAACGGCGCAAAGAUAAGGCCGAGGGCAAGGACGAGAAGAAAUAA